CAAACGAAGGGAGCACAGAAGUGGAGAAGAGGAGUGCUGUCUGUAAUUUGGUGUGAGGACUAACAUUAGACGGGGAAAUCCCUGUGUUUUGGCUGCUGUGUUCGUGGAAAUAACCAGACGUCUAGUAUAGAAGAGUAAACAGCCCAACGGAAACAUGAGCUUUUUAUUCGGAAGCCGGUCCUCCAAGACCUUCAAGCCGAAGAAGAACAUUCCGGAGGGCUCGCACCAGUACGAGCUGCUGAAGCACGCGGAGGCCACGCUGGGCAGCGGCAACCUGCGCAUGGCCGUCAUGCUGCCCGAAGGGGAGGACCUCAACGAGUGGGUGGCUGUCAACACUGUAGACUUCUUCAACCAGAUCAACAUGCUCUAUGGGACUAUCACUGACUUCUGUACUGAGGAGAGCUGUCCCCUCAUGUCAGCAGGGCCCAAGUACGAGUACCACUGGGCUGAUGGCACCAACAUCAAGAAGCCCAUAAAGUGCUCCGCUCCCAAGUACAUCGACUACCUGAUGACCUGGGUGCAGGACCAGCUUGACGAUGAGACACUCUUCCCCUCCAAGAUCGGAGUGCCCUUCCCCAAGAACUUCAUGUCGGUGGCCAAGACCAUCCUGAAGCGGCUGUUCCGCGUCUACGCCCACAUCUACCACCAGCACUUUGACUCGGUCAUGCAGCUGCAGGAGGAGGCCCACCUCAACACCUCCUUCAAGCACUUCAUCUUCUUCGUGCAGGAGUUCAACCUGAUUGACAGGAAGGAGCUGGCCCCACUUCAGGAACUGAUCGAAAAGCUCACGUCCAAAGACCGAUAAAAAAAGACCUCACCGUGUUCCGCUGUCACCCCAACCCACCCUUCUUCUCAUUUCCUAGAGCUCCCGCAGGAAAUCUGUUAACCCCCGGGUUACAUCCACUCACUUACCCACUGACCCACUCAGAACACCCCUGCCCCAGUGCCCCAAUGCCCCAUCAUCAACAUCAUGCAAUAGGAUGACCCCCCCCAGACUGACAGAGGGAGGCCUAUGAGUCCUUCAACGCGGAAACUCUUGUCUGUGUGACUUCAAUGUGUGUCUGUUUACUGUUCUGUUCUCUGCUUUCCGGGUUGCGUCAUAGGGGAAAAAAAACAAAAGUUCUUCCAGUCCAUGCCCCUCGGGUAUGGUUUUCAAAACACACACUAUGCUGUAAGUGCCUAAUAGUAUCAGUCAGAAAAUUGUCAUUUUCUUUUCUUUGUGUGUACUGCAUACCACCACUAGCUGGUGAACAAAACAUGGAAAUCUUUUCCAGUACAGUCCAUACUGGACACGUUUUAACACAUAACUGCUUUGCCUAAAAUGAAACUAAGACAUGGCUACUUAAAGUGUUCCAAAAAGGGACAAGACACAAAACCACAUCAUGCAAGGUUCACACAACCUUUGAUGCUUCACUACGCUCAAAAGCUGUCCAAAAUGUACAGAACACAGCUUAAUAUUAAACCCCAUCAUCAUGAUUGAUAAUCAUCCUGUCAUCCGUGGCAGCAGGGUGCGCCGUCUUCAUAUCUUCCUCCUUAAACGGGUCUGCAUCUACCUGACAUCACGUUUCACACCCGACUAAAGUCAUAGAUAGAUAUCAUGUAUGAAUGUAGACAGGAAAAUGGUUGUUACACAUGUUGAGCUUGGUUUUUAGGGUUUUGCUUGGAACACAGUGGUAGGCUUUAUAUGCAAUAUGUUUUUGUACUACUUCUGCUGGAGUCUUUGAAAGCACAACUGUUUUGCUGUAAACGUUAGAUGGCUUAGUGGUUAAGUACAGAAUGGGCCUCUUAGAAUUACUCUAAUGUUGAGACAUGGUGGGAGGAGGGAUUUUAAGUGUCUUUUUUUAAAGUUAUGGCUGCUCUGCUUAUAGUUCAGUUCAAUUUGUUGAAAUUAAAAGAGCUUUUUUAUGGUCUAAUUGACCAGAGACUUUGAUCUGUACACAUAAAGCUGUUUUUUAAAACACCAGACCAGGACUACUCCAUUGGCGCUGAAAAAGAAAUAUAAGACACACUAUUUUUGACCACAUCUCUGUAUAUACUUUAUAUAUAUAUAAAUAAAUACAUAUAAUGUGCGUAAGGAAGGCAUAUUUGAUGAAGUUUAGAAGUUUUAAAAGAAAUUCUAAAUUAGUUCUAUUUUCUCUUUGUUGUCCAUGUUUUUAUUUUGUUGUUUGCACUUUGAAUUAGUAUUGUCAGAGGUGAAAUGUCCCUGUACAGCUACCUCUUUCAUCAAGAAAAUAUCUAUUUCUCCUUUAUUUGGUGUUUAUUUACCCCUGGCUGAUAGGUUCAUGUGUUUCUUUAAUUUGGUUUAUAUCUCCACGAAUGUUAUUGCUUUCAUGAAUGUGAUUGUGUAAGAGAGAAAAAAAUAUGAAAAAAUAAAUUAAAAUUUAUGUCAGAGCGUGCUGAAAAUUGUUCAAAAACCUCUUCAUUAUUUUUUUUUAUUAAGUUGUAAACAAUGUAAGUUACUCAAAAGGUAUGCAGUGGGUUUGCAGACUUUGUGGUACCUUAUUGAAUGCUGUUUAUAUGAUAAUAAAAUUAUUUGUUUGGAGAUUUCACUAAA